AGACUGUUCCACUUAUCCCAAGAUUCGUAGGUGCCUGUGAAAUUUGAUAUAUGCUGGAAAAAACUUCUAGGCAUUUCCGCUGUGUUAUUCUGCACGUAAGCUGAAAACUACGUGGACAGUUUUUAAGGUAUAGCUUGCAUUCGUUUCAAUGCGGACUGUUUAGAUUCUGUUUUGUAGGGACAAAGAAUUUCAGAAAUUUAGGACAAUAAUUAUCAAUAAUUGACGGCACCAGAAUUUGCAGUUGGAAUAUUUUCAGCAGGUGGCAUAAAGUCAUGUUUCUGUUGUUGAUGCUUGCCAGCGUGGCAGCCCCGGGGUCUGGGGAACUUUUCUCCAGUAUGGCACACUUGCAGACAGCCUUAUAUACAGAGAGGGACAUAGCUAAGGAGAUCAGGCAUUACAUAUAUGAGGAACGGGAAAGACUGGAGAAACUUGGACAACUAGCUGAUGAGUUUGAGAAACACAGUGCAAUGGCCCUUGAGGACCCUGAUAAGUACAUGGGAAAUCCAGUGAAUGCAUUUUUGUUUGUGAAACAUUUUACAAUAGACUGGGACAAUGAUAUUGAUGUUGUGAUAAAAAAUAACAGCAGAAAUGAGUUGUACAGAAAGGUUGAAGGGAUGCGUGAACAAUUGCCAACAUAUGAAGAUCUGACAGGUGCAGUGAGUGCAUUGCUACGUCUGCAGGACACAUACAAGUUGGAGACAACUGAACUUGCCAGAGGAAAUGUUGGUGGAGUUACUUCCCCUGAACUCUCAGCACAGGACUGUUUUGAGCUUGGUCGCUUGUCAUACAACAACGAGGACUACUAUCACACCAUUAUGUGGAUGGAUGAAGCUCUCGCUAAAGUUCAGGAGGUAGAGGAUGAUGAUGAAUAUGAUGUAAAUGCUGUCGCCGUUAUGGAUUAUCUGGCUUUUGCACAUUAUAAGCAAGGCAAUGUAAGAAGAGCUUUGACAUUGACAAAUGAAAUGCUUACACUGACUCCAGAUCAUAAUAGAGCACAAGGUAACAAAGAAUAUUAUGAGAGGGUUUUGCGUGAAGAAGACGAGAAUGCAAAACGUGGAGAUGAUGGUGAAGUCAUCAACAAGAGACAGUUGGAUGAGUACAGGAGUGGAGAAGAAUAUAUGGCAUAUGAGGCUCUGUGCAGGAAUGAGACCAUUAAACCGUACAAAUACCAGCAUAGACUAUAUUGUCGAUACAAAUCAAAUAACCAUCCCUUGUUGAUUCUCUCCCCUGCCAAAGAAGAAGUCUUAUAUUUGAACCCAUAUUUAUCAGUUUUCCACAACAGUAUUAGUGACAGAGAGAUUAAACUUAUACAACGUUUGGCCACUCCAAGGCUUGGCAGAGCCACUGUACAUAACCCUAUCACAGGUAAAUUAGAGACAGCUAAUUACAGAGUCAGUAAGAGUUGUUGGUUAUCAGAUUAUGACUCUCCAGAUAUAGCUCAUAUAAAUAAACGUAUAGCAGCAACUACAGGCUUAAAUAUGGAAACAGCCGAGGAAUUACAGAUAGCUAACUAUGGCAUUGGUGGACAAUACGAGCCUCAUUUUGAUUUUGCAAGGAGAAGGGAACCAACAGCAUUUGAACGGGCAAUAGGAAAUAGAAUUGCAACUUUCAUGUUUUAUUUAUCUGAUGUACAAGCAGGGGGUGCCACUGUAUUUCCAUAUCUUGGAUUAAAAGUAUUCCCUGAGAAGGGUAAGGCAGUAUUCUGGUAUAAUCUAUAUAAGAAUGGAGAAGGAAUCUAUGAUACUCGUCAUGCAGCAUGUCCAGUUCUGGUUGGCUCUAAAUGGGUGACAAAUAAGUGGAUACACGAACGAGGUCAAGAAUUCCACCGACCCUGUGGACUUCGAGAGUCAGAAUGAUAGCAUCAGUAGAAUAUUGAUUGAUUUGAAAAUUAAUUUUGCUGAUUGAUUAUUGGUGUGAAUGCAGUUGUUUCUCACUGUACAUGUACUUACCUGCUUAAUGGGGACCAAAAUUUUGAUAUGCAAUAAGCUUGAUGUAUUGAUAUAUAUUUGAAGAGUAGGUUGUUAGAAAUAAGUUGUGAUAUUCAUAGUAUUUUCAGUAAGAAUACAAUUUAACACUGUCAUAAUAAUGAAAUCCUGUUUUUAGCUCCACUAUGCGAGGAAUAGUCUAGCUAUUAUACUCACCCUGGCAUCGUCGUCACACCUUGGUUAAAGUUUUGUAUGCAAGUACAUAUGGCUAUCUUUCAAAGGCAUAUAGCUUUAAAACUUAUUUUUUUCUUUUUCUAGAUCAAUUAUUAACCUCACUGGGUCAAGUCCCAUAACUCUGACAUGUAUUUUGGCCAAAUUAUACCCCCUUUUGGACUUAUCCUGGUUCAAGUUUUACAUGCAAGUUACUAUCUCCAAAACUAAUGCAGAUAUUGAAUUGAAAUUUUCAUGUAUUCUCAGAGGUUUAAAAUAAGGAUAUAGCAUCAAGAGCCAUAACUUUGACAUGCAUUUUGGACAAAUUAUGCCCCCUGUAAACUUAAAACAUCUGAUUAAAGUUUUGCAUGCAAGUAACUAUCUCCAAAACUAAUGCGGAUACUGGAUUGAAACUCUGUAGAUAUUCUAACAUUAAUGGUAAUAUUCCAGCUUCUGGGACAACAGUUGGAAUAGUUGAGCGUUUACUGUUUGUACGGACAGCUCUAACUUGUUUUCCUUGGUACUGGCUAGCGUCCUACAACCUGACAUUUUUGUAAUCUUUUUCACGAUAACUCGGGAAAUAGAUAUAUCUGAUGGUUGAAAUUUCACGUAAACAAACUAGGUUAUCCUCCCAACUAAAGAGCUAAUUUGUUUACUUCUAAAAUUAGGUCAAGUACUUUUUCGAGGCCCGAACGAAGGGCCACCGAAUCGGGUUGUUUUAAGGUCUAACAGUAGUAUGUUUCCGGACCAUAUAUAUGGACAGCGAGUUGUCACUUUAUUGAUUUUCAAUUUAUGUUCAAUAUUGAAUAAAACUUCAUUUUCAAUAGUCGUACAGUGUCUGAGUCAUAGAAUUGGUUGAAUUACCUCUCUUGAAUCGAUGAUUUGAUCGUAUCUCUCCCGACUGAAUCUUUUAAAAAUUCACUUUUUGAAGUGUAUAUUUUGAUAUGAAAAUGUGUUUUAGGGUGUGUUAAAAUCAUGCACUAAAUUAUCAAAGCUGUAUUUCCUCGGUUUAAGAGUUUACUAAACGUCUAGUCUGCUUACCUCAAAUUUGCAUGGGGCCUUAGGUUUAAUGGCGGGACCUCACGGAAAUACUGCGUAUGCGCAUCACGCCACUUCCGAUUUCCCCCGACAUGUAAACAUGCUUCGUGAGUGCAGACAAAAUGAAAUGUAGCAUUUAUUGUAAAAUUAUUUAACCGUUGUAACUUCGCUGUGUUGUUGAAAAUCAAGCGUCCAUUUUAUCGGAAACAGAUGAGCAAGGUUAAAAACCGAAAUAAAGCAUUUAAGGGACUGUCCGGAUUUGGUAUGUGCAGCCAGUAUAUAUAAAGAUAUAUAAAUCAGUAACAUGGAAGUAACUGUU